CCGGAAUAGGGGUCUUCUUCGAUUCUCACUCGAUUCCUCCCAAAGAGAAUCUGUUCUCGAGUCUUUUAAAUUUUUUAACACAAGCUCGUGCAAGAAGAAACCGCCGAUCCACCAUGGCUGGAUUCAUCUAAGCUCUGGGUCAGACGACGUAGAGAGAAAGGAGAUCUGUCCGUUGUUUUUUUUUUUCGCUUGAAAACGGAUGUGGUUUUGAAACCUCCACGACCUUUGUGAUUCUCUAGUUUCUGUCGGUCUAAACCCAAGAUACAUUUGUUCGUGAUUCAUAUCAAGAGGGUACAAUGGACAACGGGAUAUCGAGCUUCUGGGGUCCUGUGACAUCUACUAUUGAGUGUUGUGAGAAGAACUAUGCCUACUCGUCGUAUAUAGCGGAGUUCUUUAACACAAUAUCCAAUGUCCCUGGUGUCCUUUUGGCUCUCAUCGGUCUUUUCAAUGCAUUAAGGCAACGGUUCGAGAAGAGGUUUAGCAUUCUUCACAUAUCCAAUAUGAUACUUGGUAUGGGCAGCAUGCUCUACCAUGCCACUUUGCAACGCAUGCAACAGCAGAGUGAUGAGACGCCUAUGGUUUGGGAGAUACUUCUGUACAUGUACAUCCUUUACUCACCAGAUUGGCAUUACCGAAGCACUAUGCCCACUUUUCUCUUCCUCUAUGGAGCUGCGUUUGCCAUAGUCCAUGCCUUUGUCCGGUUUGGCAUCGGCUUCAAGGUCCACUAUGUGAUCCUUUCCCUUCUUUGCAUUCCUCGGAUGUACAAGUACUAUAUCUACACAGAGGACAAUGCAGCCAAACAUCUCGCAAAGUGGUAUGUGGUUACGCUUCUCAUGGGGAGUAUAUGUUGGUUCUGUGAUCGUGUUUUCUGCAAGACGAUAUCCGAGUUUCCUGUCAACCCUCAGGGACAUGCCCUGUGGCAUGUCUUCAUGGGCUUCAAUUCUUACUUUGCAAACACAUUCCUGAUGUUCUGUCGUGCUCAGCAACGGGGAUGGAACCCGAAAGUCAGAUACUUUAUGGGAGUUCUUCCCUAUGUCAAGAUCGAGAAGCCAAAAACACAAUGAGGAAAAGGGCCAAAGACAAAAUAUAGGUUUAGGCUCGUUGUUUUGUCAGAAUUACGGCUGUCUUUUUUCUUUUCUUUUUCUUUUUUGGAACGGCAACUUCGUCUAGAUUUUUUUUUGUUUUCGUUAGUUCAUGUGAUUCCUGCAACUUCUUUGACCAACCAUUUUGUUCAACUAAGUACGUGUACCAUAAUUUUUAGUCCAUUCUGUUUUCUGCCUGAUCA